AUGCCCUAUCUCUCCCCAUUACAUCAGUCUGGAUUAACUGUUCCAAACUUUUCUAUCCCCCCCCCUCCACUGGUGCCAGUUUCUGGUGGGUCAGUUUAUGCUGUGUCACAUGCCCUAAGCGGCGACGGAACCUUUCAGUCAGCCCCUCAAAUUUCGCAGGCUUCGAAUGGUUCAAACUGGCCUUCUCAGGCGAGUGUGUUGCACACCACUGAAACUCCUGUUUUUCCGAAUACGUCUGCUAAACCAAACGCGCCGAAGUCGGGUGAAUUGCUUGCCAAAAGUUCUAACGAGACAGUCUAUGGGUUCGAAGAUGGAGAGAUCCAGGAUAUGGACUAUGAUGUAAUUUCCUCCAACGAUGAUCUCUUUUCUGAAAACGAAGAUGCUGAUUCAAAUAUGGCUAAGAAUCUCGGUCAUAUGGAUUCAGCCGACCUCCUUUUGGAUUCGUGUCGAUGGAGAUUUAAUCCUUUUUCUCUCAUCGAUCUUCCUGAAAAUUCGUUGCCCGCCACUAAUCGACGCAGACUUCCCAAUCCGGCAUUUACUCUAUAUGAGGUACAUCAUUGGUUACUUUCAACCGGCCAAACAGACUGUUUCCGUGGCGAAGAAAAGGAAGUCUCCCAACUACAACUCGGUGAUGCAUCUUUAUUAACACCACCACCCUCAGAUCUCGCUCUGUCCAAACUAGACGCAGACUACCUCCUUAGUGCCAGCGAUGAGUUUGGCAUAGAAGCUGACAAAUUCGGAGCUGAGUGGGUAAUUGCCAUUGAAAAGCUUACGAACGUUUUACCAUCUGGUCUUGCCUACUUAUCGUUGCAUGAACAUGACGCUUACGAAUUCGUGAUAACUUGCCUACUUGUGUGGACCUACGCCGGCCUCGAUUUGGACUCAGCACUUAAGCAGCCCGACUCAACCUACAUCCUUCGGCACUUACGCACCGGGGUAGAGUUACUGGGUAUGAUCAUGUCCACCACGUGCGAGGAAGUUUGUGCGAAGUUCCUCCAAUCCGUCCCAGCACCCUGGCACCUCCUCGAGGCCAUGAGGUCGAACCAUGAGUUGCCCUCGGCCUUCCACUCCCAGCAUAUGCUCAUCUCUCUUCUUGACUCGCCUCUCAUUGCCACUCCGUUAAGAAUGCUCAUAAUCAAUGUACUGGAGCGUAGUUUGAGUUUGCCUGUUGGAUUCAGGGCUUUUGUUGGGAAGCCCAUUACUGACGCUAGCAGUAAGGAAGAAGGCGAGCAACUGACACCUUACCAACGAAUCAUUCUUUUCCUCGCUUCUAACAAGUCGACUCCUAUUGCUUUGGCUUGUUGUCGCCUUCUUGCGAAAAUUCGUGUCUACGAAAUGCUUCUCGAAUUCGAUGAAUUUAUGAAACAACUUAAGUCCGCAGGUAAUGAGCCUUCAAUGGAUGAACAACUAAACAGGGAGCGUUCGCUUCAGACCUACUUGACUGAGAUCGCGCGUGUAAUUGAGAAACCUGAUUUAGUUCAAUUAUCCCCGAGAAAUGGAGCGCCGAAAGUGAAGUCAGAGAAGUUUACUAGCGACUUCUACCCAAUACUCUACAGGCUUUUUGACUCAAUUCAUUUCCUCGACCACGUCGUGUGGCUAGUGGAGACAGAUGAAAACCACGUGUUUCCGGGUGUUUCGUCUGAGGCUGCAUUCGGCGUUCUUGAAGAUCUAGUCGAGAAACCUUCAGGUCUCCUUUUUCUUGCAUCUUCGCCACUUUCUACUGCUCGUCUUCUGCGAUUCCUCCUAUCUAGGGGAAGCAGAGAGCCUUUGAAGAAUUUGGGCCUGGAGUUAGCAGUCAAGCUAGAAGCUCUUGAGCAUAUUGAUUUGCUCAUUGCUGCAACUCGAAGCAAAGGCGAAACAGGCUGUCAGAGUUACAUCGGCGAAAGUGUUCGCGUGGAUAUGGAAGCCAAGGAGGCCGGAACAGUGCUGUCGACCUCUCCUGACCCUAUCUACGACGCGCUCUUUGGUCUGGCACGACUGUUUCUAGAGCCAAAAUUUGCUCCCUGGGUCGCUAGUCUACUCUCAUCGGACGAUUUCUUCGUACCGUGUCUCAUGCUUUUCGAGGCCUAUGACCGACAAGUAAAAGGGGACCCUAAAACCAAAGCCAAAUCUGAAGACGACAGUGAAAAAUCUGCUGAAAAGUGUGAACCGGAUAUGAAAGAGUCGUCACAACGGGAGCUAUCUGAAGUUCGGAAAUCCUUCCUCUUGCGACUCGGCUACUCAAGUACACGCUUGGAGGUAUCCAGUCUUCUGUCAAUCAUUGGAAUUGGCCUCCUUCGACAUGCCGAUGAUGUGCACUAUUUGGAGCGGUUUGGACCUCGGCUUUUGCAAAUAGUACAGCAGACCCCUUGGGAGGAAGCUGUCUCUAGUCUGUCGCCUGCUCUGAUCUUUUCUCACCACCGGAAUUUUUCGGAGGCUGCUUCUUCCUGGCUAUACUGGCUUCGCGAGGCUCCUCUGCUGUCGCUUCACACACCUCGUGAGACUUUCUCUUGGCUCCUCGAUCAAUUGGGUCCACUGACAGACGCCCUAGAGCGCUCCAUGACUGAUUCGCCGUCAAGUGUGCCGCGUUCGAGCUCAUCUAAUGCGGCUCGUGCCAUCCCUUCAGCCCUCCUCCUUCUCCUUCGAUUGAUACGCGGUCAUUUGGCGCAACGCCGCGAUGAAGACGAGGGUGGACUGGCACUGAUUGAGCUCUAUAGCCGCAACGGCCUAUACAUACUGACAGCAUUGACCGAAUGCUUGGCUGACUACUUGCUCAGACAACCAGCAGACGAGUUGGCUUCGGAGAUGUUGGAGGUGGCUCUGGAUGUCCUAACAACUCUCGUCUGUGCUUUGGUAAAAGCCGCCGAAGGAGGAGCCGAUUUCCGGGAUCGGAGUCCGGUGAAGGCUGUUUGCAGAGCGUAUGCUGCUGUCGUAGUUUAUGGUAGGGGUGGAAAGCCGAACAACAAGGCUAGAAAACACAUUCUUCGGUGCCUCGCUGCCUACUCUGCCACCUGCCAAGACGCUUGUUCCUCCGAAGCACGCAAAUUGACGCAGAUGAAAGCUGCAAGGGAUGAUCAGAGCCACAUUUGGGCCAUGACAACUGCGUUCUGGUCCUUUGCGGUUGUCGCUGCAGACGCAAGCCGUCCCAUUCGAAUUGGUGCCUAG